CAUAGUACGCGUAAACUGUAUGCUGGUAUAAAGCAGUCGCCUCCUCAGUGACAGUUGAGCCACGAGUUGAGAAACAUGUGUUGCCGGUCCCUCGUGCGGAAACCUUAACUCUUUAGGGUUUACGUCGUAAAUUUUGGGUAGAAUGAGUGUCCAAGAGUGCGGAGGGAGGACGGCAUUAGGCCUCCUCCUCUCGAAGGAAAUGUACGAGCGGCUCCUGAAGGAAAACGGGCCCAGUACCGAAUUGUUUACGUCUUACGCAACUUACCUAAGCCAAAGAGGUAACGUUAACGAAAGUCUGGAAGUGGUCCACCACUGCUACAGGAUGUUUAACGUGACCGUGGAGGAACUCUUCCCCGUCGUCAGUAAACUGAUCGACUACCUGAGACAGGAGUCGAGGGAGAACGCUAAUCCGCCCACUAGGAAUGUGUUUUCGUGUCCGUCUUGUUGGGGAGUGUUGCACGAACCCAUCACCCUAACCUGUGGCCAUACGUACUGCAGACGGUGUCUUUUGAGGGAGGUGCCCAAAACGUGUCGUGUGUGUCAGAGUAAACAGAAAAAUGUCAGCUUUACGAAUAUAAAAACGAACGUCCUCAUAUCGUCCCUGGUGGACCGCUGGUGGUCGAGUGAGGUGGACGGGGUGAAACUCAGGACUAAAGGGAACGAAGCCUUCAGACACAAGGACCUGGAACAGGCUGUCAGUCUCUAUGCCGAAGCCGUUGAUCGUGCUCCUGAAGAUCACCUCCUCCUUAGUAAUCGGGCUCAUGUGCUUCACACACUGGGUCGUGCUGAAGAGGCCUUAGCUGAUGCUGAUGCUGCUGUGAAAUUUCAGCCGGAGUGGGCAAAAGGCCACUUUAGGCGUGCCAUGGCCCUCAAUUCUCUUGGUAGAUAUGAAGAAGCCUUCAUUUCCCUUCUAGAGUGUGCUGUGUUAGAAGACUGCUGCAGUAUAAGGAGCAUUAAAGAGGAAGUUACUAAGGCAUUGCAUCGGAUGUUGGUUCGACUGACAGUAGCUAAAAGGUUUAAUGUUGAAGGAAGAAGCAGUUGGCAUCACAAAAGUUUUUCUAGACAUAUGAGUCAGUCUUUGUCAGAUGCUGCUGUUCCAUCGCAAUCAGAUUCGGAAGAAAGUGAUGUGGACAGUGAAGAUGGUGGACGACAGCGGCCGUCUGGGUCCUCCAUCUCUCUUAAUAUUGAGGAAGUUACUCAGAUUCGUAAAAUGAUAGACAAAUUUUAUCUACAUCAGGAAAGGCGCAGAAAAAGCAGCAGUGGCUAUGUGCGCAGUGUUGAUCCAAAUAAUUUUGAGAAGAAUGACUUCGAGUGUACACUUUGUUUUCGUUACCUGUUCCAACCAGUAACAACUCCAUGUGGUCAUAGUUUUUGUCGGCCAUGUCUGGAUCGUUGUUUAGAUCACUCAACUAAUUGUCCACUAUGUAAAACUUCCAUCAGAGUGUGUUUAGCUGAACGAAGAUCUGCAGUAACUGAGUUCUUGGAUGUUGCUAUGCAUAGUGUGAUGCCCAGUGAAUGCACAGAAAGGCGGAGACAGCAUGAAGAGGAGCUUGAAGAAUUGGCUAAUGCAGGAAAAGACCGCCAUCAUGAAAUUCCAAUUUUUGUUGCAACAGUAGCAAUACCUACCAUUAUGUGCCCUCUUCACGUGUUUGAGCCACGUUAUCGUUUGAUGAUCAGAAGAUGUAUGGAAUCGGGUACUAGAGAAUUUGGGAUGUGCAUGCCGUUGGAUAAUUGUGAAAAUGGGUAUGCAGAGUAUGGAACCAUGCUGGAAAUUAGGGAUGUUGAAUACACACCUGACGGUAGAUCUGUGGUUAAUACCGUUGGAUCUAGGAGAUUUAAAAUUGAGAGUAAAAGUGUGAAAGAUGGUUAUAAUACUGCUGCAGUUGAAUUUCUCCAAGAUGAGGGAAUCCCUUCAGAUCAUUUAGGUGAAACACGCCGCUUACAUGAUGCAGUCCACAGGGUAGCUUCUUUAUGGUUUGAAUCUGUUGAACCCACUACCAAAAGACGAAUCCUAGGCCAUUAUGGGCCAAUGCCAACAGUUGAAGCAGAGUACUGGACACUACCCAAUGGACCAACUUGGAUGUGGUGGAUAGUAGCCAUCCUGCCCUUAGAUGCUCGUAUUCAGCUUUCUGUGUUGCGGGAAACAAAUUUGAGACGGAGAUUAGAAGUUAUUCGGUGCAUCUUAAAAUGUGUGAUGGUUCAACAACGUGCAUGCCAGGUUAACUCUGGGACACAGUGACUAGGAUACUUUUUUACCUUGUACCUUAUGGGAAUGCAGAAAAAGUUUUUUGUAAUGGCAGUGAUAAUUCUCUGUAUCAUUUUGUAUUUCAAAUGAAUUGGAAACGUUUUCUGCAUUCAUCUUUUUCUUCAUUAUUUCUAUUUAAUGAGACUGAUCUCAUAUGCCAAAUAAUAUUACUUUACAGUAUUUUAUAAAGCUUUCUACCACUGUCUUCUCUGUACUAUCUUCUGUCAUAAGUAGAACAUUUCUUCAAAUAUGUACUUGAUGGGAUAAGUACGAUUUAGCCUGUUCUUAAGAGGUCUGGUUAAUGAACUUCUCAGGUCCAAAUUUGUUGUGUAUCACAAGUACUGUACUGUAACUGUGGCCAAGGUUAUUUAUUUAGUAUAAGGCUUCAUAAUUGUAUAUUCAUUUAUCAUCAUCACAUUUUUUAUUGCAAUUAGUUCAUAACUUUAAAAGUGGGCUUAUCACUGUACCAUUAAACUAUUCAAAAAUUUUCAGUUCAGUUUUUGCUGCAGAAAAAGGCUUCAGUAAUCUGUCAAGUUUAUUUGAACCAGUAAUUGGAAAACUUAUUUUUGCCCAGUAUAAAACUAUUAGGUAGCAGUAUGUAGCUAUCCUUUCCAUUUUUUGUAUAUUUACUGUAUAUAAUUAUUUAAAUGUCCCACUCCUAUCUUAUGGUCUGGUUUUGUCACGAUUUUUCUCUUAUAUACCUAUUUAUUUACAUAAGCUGAAGCACAAAAUUCAUGUGGCCACCUUGAGUUGGCAGAUGAAACUGGCUGUUGGAGAAAUAUUUCUAUGUUAUUUUUUAAAUAAAAUAUCUUAAUUAAA